GAGAUAAAAACUUCACCUCCCUUCCUCCCUCUCAGACGCACAAUCCAACAAAAAGCCCUCAAUUUGUGAAUCAAUCUAAAACAAUUCCAAUCUCUCCUUUUCUUGGAUUUCAAAAAAUCAAAAAGUAGUCUCUAGUUCAGUAUCAUCUGACAAAUACCAAAUUUUAUUAUUAUUAUCACCUCAAAAUCAAAUAAAAAGAUUUAAGAAAAGACAAUAUGAAAGAAGCAAUUAGAGAGAGAAACACAACAAUAGUAUCACUUGUUCAAUCAUUAAAUCAAACCUUAAAACAAUCUUCUCACCAUUAUUUUUUGUUACUACUUUAUCAUCAUUUUCAACAACACAAAAAACAACGAUCUUUAUUAUUAAUCUUUAUUAUUAAUUGUUCUUUUAUUCUCUCAUCAAAUCUAAAUCUUACCCUCACAUCAAAAUCACAACACUCACCACAAACACAAACAUCAUCACCACCAUUGAUUCUUCUCCUGGAGAGAGAGACUUUACCUAAAAAUUCUUCUCUUAGAGAGAGAAAGCUUGAAGCUUUAUCCAUGAAUCAAUCUGUCAAGUUUUAUUUUUUGGGAUUUCGUUAAGUUUAAAUGGUGGGUCUGGAUCUAUUCAUUGAUUUCUGAAGUGGGUUUGUUUUAAAAGUUGGUAUUUCUGUUAAAGUUGGAAGCUUUUUGGUGAUCUUGACUAAUGGAGGAAGCUGCUGGUGGUGGUGGUGUGGAGGUGGAAGCGAAGAAGAAGACAACAGGAGAAGGAGAAAGUAAGUCUAAGAGGAAAAUGAAAUCUGCUUCCCAGCUUGAGAUUUUGGAGAAAACUUAUUCAGUGGAUGCAUACCCAUCAGAAGCAGUAAGGGCUGAGCUUUCAGUGCAAUUAGGACUGUCUGACCGGCAGUUGCAGAUGUGGUUCUGCCAUAGGCGUUUGAAGGACAGGAAGGCACCUUCAGUGAAGCGCCCACGUAAGGAGUCACCAUCACCAGCAGGGAUGCCAGGUGGAGGGGAAAUGGGAGUGGUGGCUGAGGUGGGAAGUGAACACGGGUCAGGGUCAAGUCCAUUUGUUCUCGGUGUGGAUCCACGGCAAGCAGUUGGAAGGCCCACUGGGGUGGCUGUUCCAAGAACUAGUGCUGAUGUGCAAGCAAUGAAGAGGUAUUAUGAGCCACAGCAGUCUAUUGUGGAGCUUAGAGCGAUAGCAUUUGUGGAAGCACAGUUGGGGGAGCCUCUGAGAGAGGAUGGUCCGAUUCUUGGGAUGGAGUUUGACCCUCUGCCACCGGAUGCAUUUGGUGCACCUAUAGAUUUGGCUAGUCCCUGGUCAAUGAUUUUCUCACAAGAUAGUAGAGGAAUUCCAGAGUUGGUACCUUUUUAUGGUGUCAUUGAUUGGAGAAUGAAAGGAUCAGCAACAACAGGGCAGCAGAAACAGUCUGCAAGGAUUUUUGAGGCCAACCUAUAUGAGCUUCCUGAUGUAAAAACCAUCAAGAGUACUACAAGGACUCUGCAUGAAUACCAAUUCCUUCCACAGCAGCCAACUGUUAGAGCGGAGGCAUAUGAAAGAGCUGCCCCUUCAUGCCAGUAUGGCUCACCUGCUGAUGUUCAUGAUGUGAAGACUGAAUCAAUAUCUGCCACCCUACCAUUCAUGCAUGCAAACGAACAAGUGUCCUCUGGAUAUGGUUUAUCAAAUCAAGUUCCCAGUCUAAGUCUUAUGCCUCAAGAAAGCAGGCAGGGCCAUCUCUUGCCAUCUACUACAGGAGAGUACGAAACUGUAAUACAAAAAUGCUCCUUUACAAAUAUUGGUAUGGAUGCACAAUCUGAUGCUCACCUGGUUACUGCAUUGGACAAUCCUUAUAUGUCAUCUGACAGGAGAGUAACCCAUGAUGAGGAUGCUUUGCGAAUGCAGAGGAAACGCAAGAGUGAGGAGGCAAGAAUAGCACGCGAAGUUGAAGCCCAUGAAAAAAGGAUUCGAAAAGAGCUUGAAAAGCAAGAUAUUCUAAGGCGAAAGAGAGAGGAGCAAAUGAGGAAAGAAAUGGAAAAGCAUGACCGUGAGAGGCGGAAGGAAGAAGAGAGGUUAUUGCGUGAAAAGCAGCGAGAGGCGGAGAGAUACCAGAGGGAGCAAAAGCGUGAACUGGAGCGCAGGGAAAAGUUCUUGCAGAAGGAGUCUAUCAGAGUUGAGAAAAUGAGACAAAAAGAAGAAUUGCGUAGAGAAAGGGAGGCAGCAAGGCAAAAAGCUGCUACCGAGAGGGCAAUUGCACGGAGGAUGGCAAAAGAGUCAAUGGAGCUCAUUGAUGAUGAACGCUUGGAACUCAUGGAGAUGGCUGCCUCCAGCAAGGGAUUGCCUUCGAUUAUUCCUCUGGACUUUGAAACUUUGCAAAAUCUAGAUUUAUUUCGAGAUAAGCUGACUGAGUUCCCUCCCAAAUCUGUGUUAUUAAAGAGGCCUUUUCUUAUUCAACCUUGGAAUGAUUCUGAGGAGAAUGUAGGAAAUCUUCUUAUGGUUUGGAGGUUCCUAAUCACAUUUGCGGAUGUUCUUGGGAUAUGGCCAUUCACUUUGGAUGAGUUUGUCCAAGCUUUUCAUGAUUAUGAUCCAAGGCUAUUGAGUGAAGUACAUGUUGCCCUAUUAAAAUCCAUCAUUAAAGACAUUGAAGAUGUUGCUAGGACACCUGCAACUGGGCUGGGGCCAAAUCAAAACGGUGCAGCUAAUCCUGGUGGUGGUCAUCCUCAGAUUGUCGAAGGGGCGUAUGCAUGGGGUUUUGAUUUACGUAGCUGGCAGCGACACUUAAAUCCAUUAACUUGGCCUGAAAUAUUGCGGCAACUCGGUCUUUCUGCAGGUUUUGGGCCACAGCUGAAGAAAAGGAAUGUUGAUCAGGCAUAUCUCCGAGAUGAUAAUGAGGGUAAUGAUGGUGAAGAUGUAAUUACUAAUUUACGGAAUGGAGCAGCCGUUGAAAAUGCUGUUUCCAUUAUGCAAGAAAGGGGAUUUUCUGAUCCACGCAGAUCUAGGCAUCGCUUAACUCCUGGUACUGUUAAAUUUGCAGCAUUUCAUGUUCUCUCUCUUGAGGGGAGCAAGGGUUUGACCAUAUUAGAAGUAGCAGACAAGAUUCAGAAAUCUGGGUUGAGGGAUCUUACAACAAGCAAGACACCUGAAGCGUCAAUUGCUGCUGCUUUGUCAAGGGAUUCUAAACUUUUUGAGAGGACGGCUCCUUCAACAUAUUGUAUACGUCCUGCAUACAGGAAGGACCCAGCUGAUACUGAGACAAUACUUUCUGCUGCCAGAGAAAGAAUUAGGACAUUUAAAAGUGGUAUUGUAGACGGAGAAGAUGCUGAUGAUGCUGAAAGAGAUGAAGAUUCUGAAAGUGAUGUGGCAGAGGAUCAUGAGAUUGAUGAUUUAGGUACUGGAUUGAAUUCUAAGAAAGUGGCUCAUGAUUCUCCUGAAACUAAUGAAUUUAAUGGGAAAACAGUAUUGGGGAAUGGAAAUGAGAGUGGUGGUCUCAAAACUCCACAAGUCCGCCUUGAGAAAGUCAGAGCAGGUUUGACUUCCUUACAUUCUGAAGGCACUAACGAGUUAAAGGGUGCUGGUUCUUCAAUAGAUGAAUCUGUAGAUGUUGCUGAAAUCCACACCAUUCCUGAUCAAGAUGUAGAUAUUGAUGAAAACAACCUGGGUGAGCCAUGGGUUCAAGGACUUGUAGAAGGGGAAUACUCUGAUCUGAGUGUUGAGGAGCGUCUUAAUGCGCUUGUUGCAUUGAUUGGUGUGGCAACUGAAGGAAACUCCAUCCGUGUUGCUCUUGAGGAACGCUUAGAAGCAGCAAAUGCUCUAAAGAAGCAAAUGUGGGCAGAAGCACAACUUGAUAAACGUCGUAUGAAGGAAGAGUUUGUCAUGAGGACACAAUAUUCAUCAUUUACAGGGAACAAGAUGGAACCUAACCAAACAAUUUCUGCCACAGAGGGUAGACAAACCCCAAUGGUAAGUGUCGAUGACAGAAGUAACGGGAUGCCUGCGAAUGCAUCUGUUCAGCAAGAACUGUUAAGUGACCAGCAGAGUGACAUGAAUUAUCUAAAUAAUAUGCCAUUUGAAGGAAACAUGCAAAUGCAAGAUUUAUCUGCCGGUCCAGAUAAUCUGCCAUAUCAGCAAGCAGUACAUAUUGCUGAAAAAUCACGUUCACAGUUAAAAUCUGUUAUUGGUCACAGGGCAGAAGAGAUGUAUGUAUAUAGAUCAUUGCCCCUUGGUCAGGAUCGCAGGCAUAAUCGAUACUGGCGUUUCACCACAUCUGCUUCCCGCAAUGAUCCUGGCUGUGGCAGGAUCUUCGUUGAGUUACAUGAUGGUCGCUGGAGGCUUAUUGAUUAUGAAGAGGGUUUUGAUACUCUGCUGUCAUCUUUGGAUGUACGUGGGGUUAGGGAAUCCCAUUUGCAUGCAAUGCUGCAAAAGAUUGAGGUGCCUUUCAAGGAAACUAUCAGGAUGAGAAUGCUACGUGCUAACACAGAAGGACAAAGCAAAGAUCCAAUCAAAGCUGAAGCUGUUGAAAUGGCUGCUGGCCCUAAAUCUGGCACUGGUAUGGAUAGUCCACGCAGCAUUGUGUGUGUUCCAGAUUCAGAUAUGUCUGAGACCUCAACAUCUUUCACAAUUGAGCUUGGAAGGAAUGAAAUUGAAAAAAAUCAUGCCUUGAAGAGAUUUCAAGAUUUUGAGAAGUGGAUGUGGAAAGAAUGCUUCAAGUCUUCAGUCUUGUGUGCCAUGAAGUAUGAGAAGAAAAGAUGCACGCAACUGCUUGGUGUUUGUGAUUACUGCCAUGACACUUACUUUUUUGAAGACAACCAUUGUCCUUCUUGCCACAACACGCACGCCUCUCAGACUGGCUUGAAUUUUUCUGAACAUGUGGCUCAUUGUGAAAGGAAGCUAAAGAUGGACCCAGACAGUGCUUUGUGUAGCUUAUCUUUUCCACCAAGGAUCAGAUUGUUAAAAUCGCUACUAGCUUUGAUAGAGGUUUCGGUUCUGCCAGAAGCUCUCCAACCUGUUUGGACCAAUGGCUACCGGAAAUCUUGGGGUAUGAAGCUGCAGUCCUCAUCAUGUGUUGACGACCUACUUCAGAUUCUGAUACUGUUGGAGGUUGGCAUGAAGAGGGAUUAUUUGUCCUCGAACUAUGAAACCAGCAGUGAACUUUUGAGCUCAUCUGACCAAUCUGGAUGUGCUGCUCAUGAUUCUUUCAAUGCAGGAGCUGCUCCUGUUCUUCCAUGGUUACCACAAACAACAGCUGCUGUAGCUCUAAGGGUCAUUGAAUUUGAUGCAUCCAUCUCAUACAUGCUGCAUCAGAAACUGGAGUCCCAGAAGGACAGGAGUGCUGGGAACUUUAUUAAGCUGCCAUCCAAGUAUGCUGUCAUGAAGAACACCCCAGAUAAUGAAACCACUGAAAUCCCGCAUCAAGCUGGGUUACUUCAGGAAGAUGAUUGGGUUGAUGUAGGGAUUGGGUUAGCUGGGUUGGGCCGUGAACAAGGGAUCCGGGGCAGGGGUCGACGUCGCCCUCGUGGUGGGAGAUCACAAACAAGGAUUAUUGGUUCCAGAUCUGAAUCCAGCAAGAGAAGUGCUUCCAGAAGUAGUGACAGAUUAGAGAAGGUAUUGUCAUGGACGGGACGACCUCGUGGCCGUGGAGGAUGUAAAAGUGGACGUCGCAGCAUUAGAAGUAGGCAAAAAGCAGUCAAGAAAGCGGCUGAGAUCAUUCCUGAGAGAAAGAUCCCCAAAGAAACUCUGUAUAAACAGUCGACAAGACACAUGGGAAGGCAUGUCCGGAAUGGUGAUGAAACAAGGUUCCACACGGAGGAUGCUGAAAAUGCCAGCAGUUCUGAAAGAUCCGAGUAUAAUGAUGAAAAUGAAAAUAUUCCUGCAUCAGGAGAUGCAUAUGAUGACCAGGUAGUGGAUGACUAUGCAGGUGGUUUUAAUGGCAAGUCUGAUGACCUGCUGGAGGGGAGUGAUUAUAAUAUUGAUAGCAAUGAAGAAGAUGAUGAUGAUGAUGCCAUGAAUGAAGAUGAAGAUGAACUUGGGGACUUGGAUGUUGAGGAGUACAUCAACAGGGACUCCGAUGAGGAUGGAAUCAGGGAUGGAGGACAAAAUGGGGCCCAAGAUGGUACCGAAUCUUCAUCUUCAGAUUUCAGUGACUAGGAGAAAUAACCUUAAAAGUGUAUAAUAUUGCUGAUGCAGGAGAAAUAGUCAAUUCCUUGAUUUGUAUUCUUUACUGAAAUCUGCUGCACACACUGUAAUUGAAGUUAAUGUAAUUAUAGAGGAAGCAGUAACUGUUCAUAGCUCAGAGCACCAUCACUGUACUGGAAUUCAAAAUAUCAAUGAUUUGUUCUUUGGUCAGAAAUUUUCCUCCAA